AUGCCACCGAUACCACAGAUACCACAGAUACCACCGAUACCACAGAUGCCACAGAUGCCAUAGAUGCCACAGAUACCACAGAUGCCACAGAUACCAUAUAUGCCACAGAUACCACUGAUGCCACAGAUGCCACAGAUGCCACCGAUACCACAGAUACCACAGAUACCACCGAUACCACAGAUGCCACAGAUGCCAUAGAUGCCACAGAUACCACAGAUGCCACAGAUACCAUAUAUGCCACAGAUACCACUGAUGCCACAGAUGCCACAGAUGCCACCGAUACCACAGAUACCACAGAUACCACCGAUACCACAGAUGCCACAGAUGCCAUAGAUGCCACAGAUACCACAGAUGCCACAGAUACCAUAUAUGCCACAGAUACCACUGAUGCCACAGAUACCACAGAU